AUGUUUGCAACUACAGGACUCUUUAGAAACUUGGCAUGUCCAGAACGCGAUACAUGCACAAGGCAAAAUUGUUUAUUCUCGCAUUCGUCGGAUGUGCCUCCACCGAAGCCUCUCGUCAAACAGGCGACUCCCGUUCCAACAACGAUCCGUAGCUCAACACCGUCAACGUCAGGAAUAUCAUCCAAAUUUUCAUCCACUUCCGACCUACAUGGCUCCAAUCCACACGUUGUUCCAGCCAAACGCCCGGCACUUGCAUCUCCUACAAAGAUGAUCCCAAAUAUUGCAGAACCUCCACGCAAACUCCAAAAGGUUGGCGUUGCGAAAAUGCCUUUAGUACCUGUGGCCUCAAGUUCAGAGUCUGGCAUGCCAGUCUUGAGAAUCAAUGCUGCCCAGUCCUCGGUUGCAAUUCCCGUCAGACAGACGAUGUUGAAGACGUUGUACGAACACUUCGUGAUACUAUAUAAGUCUAUACUUUCGACAAAUCCCUCUUUGGCUUCAGAACAUGCCCUAAGGCAAGAGGAUGAGGUAUAUAAGAAGUCUACAAAAUUGACAUAUCGUAAUGCAUCUGCCUUGAAGAGGAGAGAGGUCCCUACCUCCAUCUCACACCCAUCUGUUGGUACAGAAGGCGAUAUUGUUUCCCGCGCAGAAGCACGUAAAUCUUUAGAAAAUCUCCAACUCACAGCCGACCGCCUCGAACCUUUCAUACACACCACUGAGGAACUGAAGAGCUGGGGCUAUUUUGUUGAUAUACCACCGGGGCCCGGAGGCGAUCGGCCAUCACAGGAAGGAAAGAUAGCGAAGUGCGAACGGUGUACUCAAUAUUUUCUUGUUAAACGUGCAGAAGAAUCGGAACAAUGUACAUAUCAUUGGGGUAAGGCAUAUACGUCACGCGCAAAUGGGGAGAAGCAACGUACAUACAGUUGCUGUUCCAGAUCCGUGGUGGAUAGUGAAGGCUGUUCACAUGGACCUCACGUAUUCUAUGAAUCGACAGCAGAAGAAUUACAUUCUCGCCAUGCAUUUUCAUUUCUUCGUUCACCAAAAUCCGACAGCCCAAAACUUGACGUGGUAGCCCUGGAUUGUGAAAUGAUCUAUACCACUGGAGGAAUGCGCGUCGCACGAGUGUCCAUCGUUGAUGGUUCUGGAAAGGAGAUCUUUGACGAGUUUGUACGCAUGGACGAAGGUGUAAACGUCAUUGACUACAACACGAGAUUCUCGGGGAUUACGCCACAGAACUAUGCCACAGCUUUACGCACUUUGUCUUCCAUACGUGAAGCUUUGGAUUUGUUAAUUGAUUCUAAUACUAUUCUUGUUGGCCAUGCGCUCGACAACGAUUUAAAAACAUUGCGAAUUAUCCACCAUAAAUGUAUCGACACUGCCCUACUCUUCCCACACAAGGCGGGGGCACCUUAUCGCAGGUCACUCAAAGAUUUGGUACGAGAAAAGCUAGGCAGAUCUAUCCAGAUGGGAGAUGCAAAUGAAGGGCACUCAUCGCUGGAAGAUGCUAGUGCAACAUUGGAUCUUGUGCGGUGGUACAUUCUCAAUAAACAAAAAUCAGCUGUACACUCUGGAGUUAUUACAACAUAA